UGGGCGGGGAUUUCUGGAGAUACAGUUUAAAUUCUGCAAGACCUGAGCCAUUGCAGAACACGGAAAUAUUCCAGCGAAACAGCAAUCUACUUUGGAAAUCUGGGAACAAGCUCACACUGAUUUUUUAACUCCAGGUUAACCAUGGUAUUUACUCAAAAAAUGAAGACCGUUUUGCUCUUUGUUUGCCUUUUUGGCAUUGCCUUUGCAUACUCAAAUUCAUCAUCAAGUGAAAGCAGUGAAAGUAGUAAGUCUGAUUCUUCUGAUUCAUCUUCUGAAGAGAAUCAAACUGCAGGACCUGUUGUGACUGCUAAACGACUUUCCAAUCUCAGAGGAGACAGUUAUAGACCAAGACGGGACCUUCUCUUGAAUCUGCUCAAACGUGAUUUGAAAGGAAAGAAGAGAGGAUCUAGCAGUUCAUCUGAUGAGGACAGCACAACACAUUCAGAGGAUCGCAGUGCUGUUACAAAGAGCACCAGCACCCACUCCCAUUCAUCAGAAAGCUCUGAAGAACACACAAAUCCCACUCUACAGAAAGUUGCUUUUACACCUGAACCUAACACAUCUGAGGAAAGCUCAGAAGAGAGAACAACCAAGCUUCCUAUUGUUUAGCCUAAAAAUGUGUCAUCUCUCAGCAGCUUUAUGGUUAUGUUAACUUGUCCAGUCUUCUGCUCUUAUUUGUGUAUGAAUGUAUACGUGUUCUGUAUUAACCAUGUUUCCACUAUAAUUGCCCCAGUACUCUAGCUGCAGGUCUGUAGAUACAAAACACAUAUCACAUAGGAGCAUGUCUAUGUCUAACCCCUUUGUGCUGCUAUUCAACCUGCAAUUUAAAAAGAUUCUCAAUUUUCUGAAAUAUAUUGCAGACCCACAUGUCUGUAGAACAAUUCUGAAAUCAAUAUUAAUUUUCUACUUUUUCUUUUAUUCAAUGGUCCAUGUUAAAUUAUUUGUCCAGUAUACAUAACAAUAUAGGCGAUUUGACUGCAUUAUAUUUAAAGCAAUAACACCAGUUAUGUAUAUUACAUACAGUGCACCUUUAGACUAGACUACAAUCUUGCAAAUAGCUUGUGCCUUGUGGAUAUUCAGGAAUUUCAAAUCAACAUAUUUGUAACAUCUUAUGAAACACCAUACUAUGAAAACAAGAGUGUCUGCUCUUUUUAUAUUGCCUCAUUUAACCUUGCCAUAUAUUAUAUUGUUAAUCCUCUGUGGGUGAAUAAGACCUGUACUGUAUAACUAUAUAUAAAUAGUAUAAAGGAAGUGCAAUAAAGAUACACACUUUGUUCUGCAUGCAACAUUGUGGUCUUUGAGGGAAUUUCUUAAAAUUUCCUUAAAAUAGGGAUACAUGGUAUCCUUAAUUUCAGACAUUAUGGCAUGGUUUUAAUUGUUUGGAUUGGUUUCUGCAUGUGACUUGGCCAAAGCUGAAUUAUACAAAAAGUGCUGGGAUUCUGUUGAACAGAAGGUUAGAUUUGGUGCAUAAGUCAAAUGAUAUCACUCUGGAGAACCAAUGCUUUUCCAAACCUGUUUGGAAAAGCAUUGGUUCUCCAGAGUGAUAUAAUUUGACUUAUGAAGAUAAGGAAGCCUGACGACUCCUAACUCUGUCUGAUGAACCCAAUACAUUGAGAAAGGAAGGAAAGUCUUUACCAACAUUUUAUUCCUAGAUUUGGUGCAUCCCUAAUUUUAAAGGACCAUGCUUUAAAAAAUAAACAACUGAUCGAACAUUUCUCCAGAAAUCAACCAUUCUUAUGCUCAAAGAUAAAUAAAAGUAGAAUUGGCACUGUGGUCCUGUCUGUUCCAGAACUACAACUCCCACCAUCCACUUUUAAAUUGUAGGUCUACAAGAGCUUGAGAUUUUGCUAUUUCCUCUUUUGCAUUUAAAUAUUUUACCAUUCUUCGGAAGAUCUGUCCUUCAAGGUACAUGGGUGUAUGUGUGAAGUAAUUGAUAUAAAUUAAUUUAACUCCUGCUGCUAUAAUACAGUUAUCAUUACACUGAAAGUCUUCUACUUUAAUAACAUAGACACGUAUACAACAAACUUCGAUGUGGAGAUGUGGAGACAAGCAAGUGUUUUUCUUCUGCAUGCAUUAAUACUUGAUUGUAACUUGAAAGUAACUGUAUACAUGAACAAAUCUAAACUUAUUUCAUUAUCUUAUAUUUUCCAAAAUUCUUUCUGGAACAUGUUGCUGUUGAUGUCUAAUAAAAUCGAACUAUAUCAA